CAUCGUGCGAUUCCAUUACGGUCGGAGCUUCAGACAACGAUGGCGUCCGGCUACGGUCUCAAUGGCGGACCUUCCCGCUGCUAUCCUUUCUGGCAAGAAGUGAUGGCCUGCUACGUUACUAAUGCUACUCCGUACGAUAGCAGUGGUGCGAAGAAGUGUGCUUUCCCUCUGGAGGACUACUUCGAGUGUCUCCACCACAAGAAGGAGCGAAAACGCACAGCAAAGUUGCAGGAAGCCUACCGGAAAAAAGAGCUAUCAUCGCCGGCUGAGGGUAUGAAAACCGCAAAAGAAAUACGGAGUCUCGGGCUAUUGGACGUUCCGACGGAGGAGAAGCACCUAAAUACAUUUGGUGGGUGGUUGAAGCCAAAAGAUCCGAAGGAUAGGUAGAUUCUCCUGCGAGGGAUGAAGCUUGGAGGAACAGGAAGAGGCAUGAAUGUUCUAGCACAUGUACAUACCAAGGCGCUAGCUUGCUGAUCCAAGUCAUCGAAUUGGAAGUUUUCUUCGAGACGUGUUGCGGCAUCAUUCAAUUUAUACCAACUGCAUGAGAUAUCUGGCGCACAUAUAUGUGUGCUUGGACGGCCGACUGAGGAUUCUGGAAAUCAUAUAGGGAAUUUCAGUUCCGUCCCGGCGAGGCCGAUCUCGAACGCCGCCCACCUUCCGAC